AUGAAUUCUGCUUCAUCCAACGCGUUGACCUCUGGAGGGAAAGUGAUCAACAGUCCCUCGUCCCACGCUCCUGUUCAGCACCAGCAGUCGCAAACCACCUCGCCCGCAUUCGAAUCUAGUUCCCGGAGAUCUAGCAAUCAAUCUGGUUCUGUACACGCCACGUCUCGAAACAAUCAGACAAACAAGAAGCAACACAAGAACUCUCGGAAACCUAGGCUGUUCCAGGACGAGGACGCAAUGGCAGAAUCUAGUGCGAUUAGAAACUCCAACGGGCGAAGAGGUCAAACGUCAAUUACCCACCUUAUGAACUUCAGUCUUCCCCCACGGCCACAGGACUACCGUAAUACAAUUGGACGCGGGACUCGGAGAGGAAAUAUCUAUGGCAUAGGAUCUGGUCAUCACUCUAGCGACAAAGCGAGAUAUAUCCAUUCCAACUAUCGAUUCAUUGUAAAACCACAUGGAGAUUACAAGCAGCAGGCAAUCAAUGCCGAUCAACCCCUAGAAUGGAGUGACGUACUUCAAAUACUCGCAUCUACAGUUUCUCAAGAGUCCGCAUGCCCCAUCUGCCUCUCCCAUCCCGUUGCGCCCAGAAUGGCAAAGUGCGGCCAUAUAUUUUGCUUACCCUGUCUGAUUCGAUAUAUGCAUUCAACGGAUGAGACAAAUCCUUUGCCGGAAAAGAGGGCUCGAUGGAAGAAAUGCCCAAUAUGCUGGGAUUCUGUGUUCAUCUCGGAAACCAAACCGGUGCGAUGGUACACAGGACAAGAGGGGCCCCCUCCGAGAGAAGGAGAGGACGUUGUCUUGAGACUUGUCAUGCGCCAGCCGGGAAGUACUCUUGCACUACCGCGGGACGGUGCUGAUGUACUUGGAAAGUCGGAAGACAUUCCUUGGUAUUUUGCGGCCGAGGUCACUGAUUACGCGCGAAUCAUGAAGGGCAGCGAAAGUUAUAUGAUGGAGCAAUUUGACCAUGAAAUUGCAGCUUUACAACGACAGGAGAGCGAAGAUGAGCUGAUGUUUGGAGAGGAGCCUCAGUGGACAAGAAAGGCAAUGAACGCCGUCAAUGAAGCGAAGGAAAAGGUCCGAGGAAUUGGCGAUCCGCCAGCGAUGCCAAAACAGCCAACGGAGAAGAAGCCCAAAAGACAGCCUAUUCAGUUCACAUCGGUCAAUGAAGAUGCCCCUGAGAUGUAUUACAUCCAACAAACGUCUCAAACCGAGAUCAAUUCAUCCGCAGUACACAUUCCAGCGCCAUCCGCAGCACUAGCAGAUAAUCAAGUCGUGGAACCGUCACAGCCACAUGCCCCAGAAGAAAAACCAGUAUCAUCAAAUCCUAGAAAUCUGUACCAACGACAUCUAAAUGAGGCUCACCACCCAGACGCUCCUUACUUUUUCUAUCAGGCCCUAUUGCAUUACUACCUUGCUCCGCUAGAUAUUAGAAUCCUCAAAUCCGCUUUUGGGAACUUUGCAAGUUUCCCGUCGACCCUUCUUCCCCGCGUAGAGCGCGUUCAAACGGGUCAUGUAAUGGAUGAUGAAUUACGAAAACGAACAAAGUACCUUUCCCAUCUUCCUCAUGGCUGCGAGGUUGGCUUCCUCGAGUGCAAUUGGACGGAUGUGGUGCUGCCUGAAGUCCUAGAGCAGUUCAAACCAGAGAUCGAGAAGAGGAGGAAGAGAAAUUGGGAGAAAGAGAAUAGAGAGGAGAGAGAUAGGGUUCGAGCUGAAAAGGCAGAGGAUGAUGCGCGCUGGGCGAGUGCCAGGAGAAAACGACCUAGUGUCUCGACGGAAAAUUUCUCGGAGGACGAUUUUCAUCCUCUUGCUUCAUCGUCUUUCGACCAGUCGAAUGGUUCACCACCUUGGCCAUCUCGUCAAGGCUCUUCGUUUGCCACACUGGCAUCUCCGUCAACUAGUCCUAGCGCUCCUAGGACAGUCUGGGGAACUGCUCAAAUAGCAUCCACCUCCCCAGAUCUUCAACCCCGCGGGCUCGGAAAUGAUGUGGAUGAUGGCUGGUUGCACUCGUGGGAACAAGAAAUACAAGCAGAGAACGACUUGAUUGCGCAAGUUCAAGCAGCGUCAUUGUCUGAAAGUGGCCCCAGCACACCAACUAUUGUCAGCGCCGCCGGGCAGGGAAAACGGAAGAAAGCCAAGAAGAUAACGCUGAUGUCCACCACUGCAAGGAGGGCAGCGUGA